GGCUCGCGGCGCGUCACGUGACCCGCUCCCAGCUGGCUCCGAUCCGGGGGAGCUGCCGCUGCUGCCGCCCUGGAGCGCUGCGGCGCGCGACUCCCCCCGCCGGCCCGGCCCCCGGCGCGCGCCAUGGAGCUUUACAUCCCGUCCUUCCGCUACGAGGAGAGCGACCUGGAGCGAGGCUACACGGUCUUUAAGAUAGAAGUGCUAAUGAGUGGAAGAAAACAUUUUGUCGAAAAGAGGUAUAGUGAAUUUCAUGCCCUCCAUAAAAAGCUCAAGAGGUUUAUUAGAACGCCGGAAAUCCCUUCCAAACAUGUGAGGAACUGGGUCCCUAAGGUCCUGGAGCAGCGGCGACAAGGCUUGGAAAUGUACUUACAGACUAUCAUUUUAGAAAAUGAAGAUCUCCCCAAAAUAUUUCUAGACUUCUUGAAUGUUCGUCAUGUUCCCUCCCUACCAAAGGCAGAAAGUUAUGGCUCUUUUGAUGAAACAGAAUCCGAAGAAUCAAGCAAACUGUCCCACCAGCCUGUGCUGCUGUUCCUGAGGGAUCCAUAUGUCUUGCCUACAGCCACUGAUGACUUUCCAAAUGUAGUUAUCGAAGGAGUUCUCCAUGGGAUAUUUUAUCCCCAGCUACUACUCAGGUAGAAGUGGUGCAUGGAUAGAAGAACUUUAAAACAAGUCUUGUCAAGGAAAUGGACAUAAACAAAAUUCUGUGGCAUGAUAGAAAUUCCUAGAGGCAAAAAGUCAUAUCCCCAAUUUAAUUUUAUAAAUUGUAGCUUUUAAAAUCAGUCACUACAGUUUGUGCUUUUAAAAAAGAUAUGAAACUAAGGUUUUCAGCUUAUUUAAACUAAUAUGUGUGUGUGUGUGUGUGUGUGUAUAUAUACUCUAAUACAGGGCUACUCAACACGUGGCCCACAGCCCAUUUGUUUGCAGCCUGCGGUGCAGUUUGGGUUUACGUGGAGCUGAAUACACAGGUGGGAACUUUUGAACAUGGCCUCCCCUGGGAACAUGUUCCACAAUGGUGAAGCAUCUCCCAGGCGGGGUGAGCAUUGAAAGAUGCAAGCGGACAGGCUGGCUGGAACAGACUGGGAGGAGGCACCAGGAGCACCGGGACAUUUUGUGAAAGAAGCUAUUUGCAUAUACAUUUGCGUGUACAUGCAACCACACUUAAGUUGCAGCCCUCGGCAUGUGCUGUGAGUAUCAUUGUGGCCCCCUGGGAUUCCAACGUUGAGUAGCCCUGCUCUAAUAUUUAAUACUAUAGGAUGACAGUCAUACACUGAAUUACACUAACCUUCAAAAAAAAUUAAAAGCUUUAAUAUUUCUUGUUUUUGUAUUACAAAUUACACUAAUUCUUUUUUAUAUCAGCAUAGUCCCAGUGCAUUACCCAUUGCUGGCAAUGAAUGCACUGAAAGUGCUGGCACUGAAGACAGUAUGAGAGAGACUGCAGAGUAAUUUUUUUAAAAUGCAAUUGCUUAACUGAAAAUUCAAUGUAAAAGUAUUGUAUUAGUAUUCUAAAGGUAAAUACUUCAAAUCUACAGCUUAAUGUUUGGUGGAACAGUGUCAAGUUCUAUCUGAUUGGGAAUUUCCACCUUCUGCAAAGCAGCUUUGUUUCAGAAUGUUGGUUGUAGAGAACUUCUCUUAUGGCAUUCUAAACUUGACGUUUGGCAUGAUAUUUAUACCAACAGCCUCAGUCAGUUGUUACUUCUAGUAUUUGUUUAACAUCCAAGCCAAUUUACACUCUGUGCUUAUAUCUUAUAUUUAGUGAAUCACAGCUUAUACCACUUUAUGGUAAGGUCAAGCAGGGAUAAGAUUUACUACUAAAAUAGCUAAAAAAUAAUUAUUUGUUAACAUAAACUUCAAAUUUGUUAUGUCCAUUACUAGAUACUGUGCUGUAAAAUAAACUAUUGGAACUUGCACACAGGAGCA